CGGCGGCGCCGAGGCGAGGUUGGGCGGCGGCGCUAUGGCCGCGCUGCUCUGCGGGUCCCGCGUCGUGGCGGGCGGCGACGAGGACAGCGACAGCGACGAUGGCGGCUGGGACAUUGGCAUCGUGCGGCAGGAGCCGCAGCAGUUGGAUCAAAUGUUGCAGGCAGAUAAGAAUGAGGCAUUAAAGAAGGCUCUGUUUCGUGGUGAUGUGUCUUUAAUUGAAGAACUCUUAAACUCAGGCAUCAGCAUAGAAACUAGCUUUCAGUUUGGAUGGACUCCCCUGAUGUGUGCUGCCAGUGUGGCCAACUUCGCAGUAGUGCGUCUUCUUCUGGACAGAGGAGCCAACGCAUGUUUUGAAAUAGAUAAAUACACUGUGCUGAUGGCAGCAUGUACUGCACAAGCUUCAGAGGAGAACAUCUUGAAGACUGUAGAACUGCUUCUAUCAAGGAAUGCUGACCCUAACCUUACUUGCAGGAAAAAAAUGACUGCACUGAUGUAUGCAGCUAGAAAAGGCUAUGCUCGCGUUGUUGCUCUGCUUGUUGCUUGUGGAUCACACAUAAACGCCCAAGAUGAAAAUGGAUAUUCGGCAUUAAUAUGGGCAGCGCAGCAUGGACACAGAAGUGUAAUUUUGAAGUUGCUUGAGCUAGGAGCUGACAAAAAUCUACAGACUAAGGAUGAAAAAACAGCAGCAGAGCUAGCAAAAAUCAAUAAACAUACAGAGAUUUUUAGUUUGCUCUCUUUGGCUGCAAAUCACUUGCAAGGGAGAUACCAUAAAACAGUUGACCAAGAGGCUAUCUGCAAAUUUCUGACAGCUGUCCCUGACAACAGAGUUGGUUCCUAUUCACUCUUUGAUGACAUGGAAGUGUUUUUACGUGGUCUUGGUCUAGAACACAUUAGAGGACUACUGAAGGAGCAAGAUAUAGCUUUAAGAGAACUUCUGAUCAUGCAAAAAGAUGACUUAAUACAGAUUGGCAUUACAAAUCCCGGAGAUCAAGAGAAACUCCUAGGUGCUAUUAACGAGCUGCAAGUGGAUGAAAAAAGAAUUGAAGACUUCUCUGAAAUUUUGAAGUUGGAAUUGAGUGAAGAUGAAUUCUACAAGUUUCUUCAGAAGCUGAAUAAAGAGUGUAGUAAGCUGAUCAUUCCUGUGCAGACCAUGAAUAAGCAUUUUCAAAAUUCGCACAAGAUGGUACUGCAGUGGGCACCGACUGCUUACAUUGAACUCUGCAAAGAUUGGUUUGCAGUGUUAAGAAUCUGGGGAGAAGAAGUUGCCAAACUGAAGGACCUGGUAGUGAAGCAUGAACAGAAGAAUGAACCCAACCAAGUGAAACUUCCAAAAAAGCCCACCUUGGAAAAAAGAUUAGUAAAGAUGGGAGGAAUAACAUUGCUUGGAUUUGGAUUUUUCUUCUUGAUAACUAAAUUAGUGGUAAAGAAAACCUGAAUUUAAGUUUAGUGCUGUUUCUCAUCAUAUCUGUAGUAGUAUCAAGUAUGUACUCUCGAUCUAGAAAUAAAGUUAUUAAAAA